UUUGGCUUUCCCCGACGCCAUUAAAAAUACAGAACUGAACAACACCAUGGGGGCUAUAUGUUGAAAUCGUUUAAAGGGACUGUCUGUUUCCAUAUAAGACGAUUUGCGAUUGUGGUGUUUUCCGAGGAAGACAAGUAAUGUAACUCGCUGAGGACAUAUGAACAGAUCUAAAACGAGAGGAUUGAGGGACGGACUGCCUGCUGGCCAACUGGAAGGGUUUGUUGUGUUUAGUAGCAGCCGAGGAAGAAGUAGCAGCUUGCUACUAUCACAAAAGCAGCAACACUGCCACAAUAUCUCGAGGGGCCCUGCUGGACCUGUGCGUAUGUGUGUGCGUAUGCAUGCAUGAGUGAGCGAGCGAGCGCGCGUGACCCUGCGGCGAGCAGCCAUGACGGAGGAGGUGGGCGUGAAGUGGGCGUGUGAGUACUGCACGUACGAGAACUGGCCGUCCGCCAUCAAGUGCACCAUGUGCCGCGCGCCGAGGCCCGGCUCCACCGCCAUCAUCACCGAGGAGCCCUACAAGAGCAGCGCCAUCCUGGGCCCGGAUCUGGGCCGCGAGUGGGACCGGGAGCCCCCCAGGGAGGAGGUGGAGGAGGGAAGAGGAGGAAGAGGAGGAGGCGGAGGUGGUGGUGGUGGAGGAGGCGGCGGUGGCGGAGGAGGCGGUGGUGGUCUCCUCAUCUGCCCCGACUCCAGCGCGCGCCCCCGCGUCCGGCUGCCCGACCCGGCCGAGCCCAGCGCCAAGUGGUCCUGCCACAUCUGCACCUACCUGAACUGGCCGCGCGCCGUCCGCUGCACCCAGUGCCUGUGCCAGCGGACGCGCUCCAGCCCCACCCCCCCCGAGUCGCCCCAGACCUCGGGCUCCGGCAGCAGGCCCCCCCCGGCCCCCCCGGCCCCGGUGGACCCCUGCGAGGCGUACAACGACCGCAACCGACUCAACACGCACGCCCAACACUGGACGUGUUCCGCCUGCACCUACCAGAACUGGCAGAGGAGCCGCAGCUGCGUUGUGUGCGACCAUCCCCGAUCUAACGACCAUCCCCGAUCUAACAACAGCCACCACCACCAGCAGCAGCAGCAGCACCGCCCCGAGGCCACCCGGUCGCCGGAGCCCGCCAACGACGACUUGUCCGCGUCGCUCAUCAACGAGCAGGACCGCGCCCGAUGGAGGGCCGCCACCACCACGGCAGGAAGCUGUGGCGUUAGCGUUAGCGGAGCGGGAGGACAGCGCAGGUCCCCACCGACCGCCAAGAGGGAGGCGGAGUUUCAAAUCCAGGACUUUCAGCGGAUCGAGCUGGCGGCGGCCGCCAUGAGCAGCAACGAGGAGCAGGAAGUGGACGUUAAGACGCUCAAGCAGAUCCGGAACCGCAUGCGGAAAACCGACUGGCUAUUCCUCAAAGCCUGCAUGGGUGUGGUGGAUGGGGACCUGGCGGCGGUCGAGGCCUACAAGGCGUCGGGCGGUGACAUCGCGCGGCAGCUGACGGCCGAGGAGGUGCGGCUUCUUCAGCGCUCGUCCGCCUUCGACCGCGGCUUCACGCUCGUGCACCUCGCCAUCCGCUUCCAGCGGCAAGACAUGCUAGCCACCCUGCUCACAGAGGUGUCUGAGCGGGCGGUGAAGUGUAUCCCUGCCAUGGUGUGUCCAGAGCUGACUGAGCAGAUCCGGCGGGAGAUCGCGUCCUCGCUGCACCAGCGCAAAGGAGACUUCGCCUGCCACUUCCUGUCGGACCUCGUCACCUUCACCCUCCCCGCAGAUAUUGAGGACCUGCCCCCCGCCGUGCAGGAGAAGCUGUUUGAUGAGGUGCUCGACCGCGACGUCCAGAAAGAGUUGGAGGAGGAGUCGCCGGUGAUCAACUGGUCUCGUGAGCUGGAUAGCCGUCUGUGUAGUCGUCUGUACGCGCUGUGGAACCGCACGGCUGGAGACUGUCUCCUGGACUCAGUGCUGCAAGCUACUUGGGGCGUUUACGACAAGGACUCAGUACUGCGCAACACACUACACACCAGCCUACACAACUGCUCUCACUGGUUCUACUCCCGCUGGAAGGAGUGGGAGUCGUGGUAUUCUCAGAGCUUCGGUCUUCACUUCUCGCUGAGGGAGGAGCAGUGGCAGGAGGACUGGGGAUUCAUCUUGUCACUCGCCAGCCAGCCGGGGGCGAGUCUGGAGCAAACCCAUAUAUUUGUCCUGGCGCACAUCCUGCGGCGGCCCAUCAUCGUCUACGCAGUCAAGUACUACAAGAGCUUCCGCGGCGAGACGCUCGGAUACACGCGCUUCCAAGGUGUGUACCUGCCGUUGCUAUGGGAACAGAGCUUCUGCUGGAAGAGCCCUAUUGCUCUGGGCUACACGCGCGGCCACUUCUCCGCUCUGGUCGCCAUGGAGAACGACGGCUUCGACAAUCGCGGCGCGGGCGCCAACCUCAACACUGACGACGACGUCACCGUGACCUUCCUGCCGCUGGUGGACAACGACAGGAAGCUGCUACACAUCCAUUUCCUGUCCGCUCAAGAGAUGGGGAACGAGGAGCAGCAGGAGAGGUUUCUGCGCUCGUGGCUCGACUGCUGUGUGACGGAGGGCGGCGUGCUGGUGGCCAUGCAGAAGAGUUGCCGGCGGCGACACCACCCGCUCGUCACCCAGAUGCUGGAGAAGUGGCUAGACGGCUACCGGCAGCUCCGCCCCUGCGGAACACUCUCCGACGGGGAGGAGGAGGAGGAGGACGAGGACGAAUGAGGAGGAGGAGAGGAUGGAGGAAGAGGACGAUGACGAGGAGGAGGACGAGGACGAAUGAGGAGGAGGAGGAGGAGGAGGACGAGGACGAAUGAGGAGGAGGAGGACGAGGACGAGGAUGAAUGAGGAGGAGGAGGAGGAAGAGGAAGAGGACAUAUGAGGAGGACGAGCAUUCAGACUGCACCAACAUGCAUGCAGUACACACUCCAGUUAAUACAAACUCGGAUCCUAACGAUUGGCAUACGUGACGUGUGUGGCCCGAUUGGCAUACGUGACGUGUGUGGCCCGAUUGGCAUACGUGUGUGGCCCGAUCACCCUUCUGGGAAUAACAGAAUCUGUUUUGGAACAGUACAUGGAACCCCCUUCCUAAACCCCC